AUGGUCAUCUUCCUAAGAGCCAGUGUGGUCAACAUAGUGUUUCUUGUCCAACAACUCCAGCAGAAAUGCCAGGAGCAGUACAGAGGUCCGUACACAUUGUUCAUUGAUCUAACCAAGGCCUUUGAUGCUGUCAGUCACAAAGGCCUGUGGAAGAUCAUGCUCUGUGUGGCUGAGAGACCAGUUCUGUUGCUUAAAGACCAGAUUUGUUUAGUGCUUAACUCAGGAGACCCAGGUUAUGCUGAACUCAAAAACCUUCCAGGGAAUCUGAAGGUUGAUGCCAAGAAUGUAAAUUAUAUUGUCAUAAGCGCCUGCUUCCCGGAGGAUGAUGGGCCGCCUCGCACGUUGCCCACUACCCCGACUCCGGGGCAUUCCGUGAGCACCGAAGGUUUCCGACGAGCAGGGCCUCGGGGCGGGCUGUCUGUCCCCCGUCCCCCCGCCCAGCUCGAGUGCGCUUCUGCCCCGGCCCGCUCGCUCCCUCCCUCCCUUCCUCUCCCCGAGCCACCGGGCGCUGCUGGUUUUGGCGCCAAUCGGGAGGCGGCGCUGUCCGCAGGGCGUGGGGCGUCGAUCCCAGGCUGGCAGGGAGGGAAGGAGGGAGGAAGGGGAAGGCGGAGAGGAGAGAGGCGGAGAGGAGCCGAGCGGGCGAGGCUGCAGCCGGGUCUGCUCCGGAGGAGGAGUAAAGGGAAGAGAAGGGGGAGGCGCGCGCUGCUCCCGCCGCCGCCGCCGCGUGACCCGCAGGCCCCUGGGCUGAGUGCGAGCGGCCCGGCUCGGCGGGCGGCCCGGGGCGGGGGCGGGGACGUGGGGGCCGCGGCGCUGACCGACGGCCUGACGGAGGCGCGAGCGGCCUCGGCCGGGCUGCCCUUCCAAAGGCCGACGGAGAGCGGCGGUGUGGCCCCGCGCAGCGCGCUCGCUCGCUUGCUCUCUCCUCGUCGCUUGAGGUGCUCGGCACGGCUCGGCUCUCCCUCCGCGGAGACUGAGGCUUCUCCUCCCGGCCCCGCCAGCCCCAGCACCGCUCCGGGGAAGGCGGCGGCGACGGCGACGAGACGAGAGGCGGCGGCGGCCUCGGCUCCACCUGCGUACAGCGACCCCAGCGCUCCACGCGCCUCCCGCCCGCAUGAGGACGAGAGGCCGGUAGAGGAGCGUGGAAGAAAAGUUGUCCCCCAGGAUGGACUUCCCACUGCGCAGCCCAAGCCGCCCACGGCCCUCUGUGGCGUGGUGAGCUCCGACGGAAAAAUCACCUACCCCCCGGGGGUGAAGGAGAUCACGGACAAGAUCACCAACGACGAGGUGGUCAAGCGGCUCAAGAUGGUAGUAAAGACAUUUAUGGACAUGGAUCAGGACUCAGAAGAUGAAAAGCAGCAGUAUCUCCCUCUAGCCUUGCAUCUUGCAUCUGAAUUCUUCCUCAGGAAUCCCAACAAAGAUGUCCGUCUUCUUGUAGCAUGUUGUUUGGCUGAUAUUUUCCGAAUCUAUGCUCCAGAAGCACCAUAUACUUCCCAUGACAAACUCAAGGAUAUAUUUUUAUUCAUUACAAGACAGUUAAAAGGUUUGGAAGAUACGAAGAGUCCACAAUUUAAUAGAUAUUUUUACUUAUUAGAGAAUUUAGCUUGGGUUAAAUCCUAUAACAUCUGCUUUGAAUUGGAAGAUUGCAAUGAAAUUUUUAUUCAACUUUUUAGAACUCUCUUCUCAGUGAUCAACAAUAGCCACAAUAAGAAGGUACAAAUGCACAUGUUGGACUUGAUGAGUUCUAUCAUCAUGGAAGGUGAUGGAGUAACCCAGGAAUUAUUGGAUUCUAUUCUUAUUAACCUCAUUCCUGCACAUAAGAACCUAAAUAAACAAGCAUUUGAUCUUGCAAAAGUCUUACUGAAAAGAACAGUCCAGAUCAUUGAGGCAUCCAUUGCUAAUUUUUUCAACCAAGUUCUGGUGUUGGGAAGGUCUUCAGUAAGUGAUUUAUCAGAACAUGUAUUUGAUCUGAUACAGGAGCUUUUUGCCAUAGAUCCUCAUUUAUUGCUCUCUGUUAUGCCGCAACUUGAAUUCAAACUAAAGAGCAAUGAUGGAGAAGAGCGUUUAGCUGUGGUUCGAUUGCUAGCUAAAUUGUUUGGUUCUAAAGAUUCUGAUUUGGCAACACAGAAUCGGCCUCUUUGGCAGUGUUUUCUUGGAAGAUUUAAUGACAUUCAUGUUCCAGUGAGGUUAGAAAGUGUGAAAUUUGCCAGUCACUGUUUAAUGAAUCACCCAGACUUAGCAAAGGACCUUACAGAAUACUUGAAGGUUAGGUCUCAUGAUCCAGAAGAAGCUAUUCGUCAUGAUGUCAUUGUUACUAUAAUAACAGCUGGCAAAAGAGACCUUUCUUUAGUUAAUGAUCAGUUACUUGGCUUUGUGAGGGAAAGAACAUUGGACAAACGGUGGAGAGUUCGAAAAGAAGCUAUGAUGGGCCUUGCCCAACUUUAUAAGAAGUACUGUCUUCAUGCAGAAGCUGGAAGGGAAGCUGCUGAGAAAGUGAGCUGGAUAAAGGAUAAACUUUUGCACAUAUAUUAUCAAAACAGCAUUGAUGACAAAUUGUUGGUAGAGAAAAUCUUUGCUCAGUACCUUGUCCCUCACAAUCUUGAAACAGAAGAAAGAAUGAAAUGUUUAUAUUAUUUGUAUGCCAGCUUGGAUCCAAAUGCUGUAAAGGCACUCAAUGAAAUGUGGAAGUGCCAGAAUCUACUCAGGAGUCACGUGCGGGAGUUACUGGAUUUGCACAAACAGCCGGCUUCAGAAGCUAACAGUUCUGCCAUGUUUGGAAAGCUGAUGACCAUAGCAAAGAAUUUGCCUGACCCUGGAAAAGCACAAGAUUUUGUGAAAAAGUUCAAUCAGGUCCUUGGCGAUGAUGAAAAACUUCGGUCUCAGUUAGAACUUCUGAUCAGCCCUACAUGUUCAUGUAAACAGGCAGAUGUCUGUGUGAGAGAAAUAGCCCGGAAACUAGCAAACCCCAAACAGCCAACUAAUCCUUUCCUUGAGAUGGUCAAAUUUCUUUUGGAAAGAAUUGCACCUGUGCACAUUGACUCAGAAGCCAUCAGUGCACUAGUGAAGCUGAUGAACAAGUCAAUAGAGGGAACUGCUGAUGAUGAAGAGGAGGGUGUGAGUCCAGAUACAGCCAUUCGUGCAGGACUUGAACUACUUAAGGUUCUAUCUUUCACACAUCCUACCUCGUUUCACUCAGCAGAGACAUAUGAGUCCCUGCUGCAGUGCCUCAGAAUGGAAGAUGACAAAGUAGCAGAAGCCGCCAUACAGAUUUUUAGGAAUACAGGACACAAAAUAGAAACAGACCUUCCACAAAUAAGAUCCACCUUAAUUCCCAUUUUACAUCAAAAAGCAAAAAGAGGUACACCACACCAAGCAAAACAAGCUGUCCAUUGUAUCCAUGCCAUAUUCACAAAUAAAGAAGUACAGCUUGCACAGAUUUUUGAGCCUCUCAGUAGGAGUCUGAAUGCUGAUGUUCCAGAGCAGCUUAUAACCCCUUUAGUUUCAUUGGGCCAUAUUUCCAUGUUAGCACCAGAUCAGUUUGCUUCCCCAAUGAAAUCGGUAGUAGCAAAUUUUAUUGUGAAAGAUCUUCUAAUGAAUGACAGGUCAACAGGUGAGAAGAAUGGAAAAUUAUGGUCUCCAGAUGAAGAAGUUUCCCCAGAAGUACUAGCCAAAGUUCAAGCAAUUAAACUUCUAGUACGAUGGCUACUGGGGAUGAAAAACAACCAGUCUAAGUCUGCCAAUUCAACUCUUCGGUUAUUAUCAGCAAUGCUGGUUAGUGAGGGUGACCUGACGGAACAAAAGAGAAUCAGUAAAUCUGAUAUGUCUCGUUUGCGACUGGCUGCUGGUAGUGCCAUAAUGAAGCUUGCCCAGGAGCCUUGUUACCAUGAAAUUAUUACACCAGAACAGUUCCAGCUCUGUGCACUUGUAAUUAAUGAUGAGUGCUACCAAGUGAGGCAGAUAUUUGCUCAAAAGCUGCACAAGGCUCUUGUGAAGUUACUACUCCCAUUGGAGUACAUGGCAAUCUUUGCCUUGUGUGCCAAAGAUCCUGUGAAAGAGAGAAGAGCCCAUGCCCGACAGUGUUUGCUGAAGAACAUCAGCAUACGAAGGGAGUACAUUAAACAGAACCCCAUGGCUACUGAAAAGCUCUUAUCCCUGCUGCCUGAAUAUGUAGUUCCAUAUAUGAUUCACUUGCUGGCACAUGACCCAGAUUUUACAAAACCUCAAGAUGUUGAUCAACUUCGUGAUAUCAAAGAGUGCCUGUGGUUCAUGCUUGAAGUUUUAAUGACAAAGAAUGAGAAUAACAGCCAUGCCUUUAUGAAGAAGAUGGCAGAAAACAUCAAGUUAACCAGAGAUGCCCAGUCUCCUGAUGAGCCUAAGACUAAUGAAAAACUUUACACAGUGUGCGAUGUUGCACUUUGUGUUAUAAACAGUAAAAGUGCUUUAUGCAAUGCAGACUCACCAAAGGACCCGGUCCUCCCAACCAAAUUUUUCACUCAGCCUGAAAAAGAUUUCUGUAAUGACAGGAGUUAUAUUUCUGAAGAGACAAGAGUUCUCCUAUUAACAGGAAAGCCAAAACCUGCUGGAGUACUAGGUGCUGUAAACAAGCCUUUAUCAGCAACAGGAAGGAAACCAUAUGUCAGAAGCACAGGAACAGAGCCUGGAAGCAAUAUUAAUGUAAACUCAGAGCUGAACCCCUCAACAGGAAAUCGAUCAAGGGAACCAAAUUCAGAAGCUUCAGAAACGGGAGUUAGUGAAAAUGAGGAGAACCCUGUGAGGAUCAUCUCAGUCACACCAGUAAAGGCUGAGCCUGUAAAAAACAAGGAGAUUAACUCUGAUCAGGCUACUCAGGGAAACAUUAGUGCUGACCGAGGAAAGAAGAGGACAGCAACAGCAUCUGGAGCAGAGAAUAUCCAGCAGAAAACUGAAGAGAAGAAGGCAGAUGAGACAGGACCACCUGCCCCUCCCAAGGCCAGACGAGGACGUCGGCCCAAGUCCGAAUCUCAGGGCAGUGCAACAAAAAAUGAGGAAGCCAAUAAAUCAGCUGGGAGGGGAAGAAAGAGGGCCGCAGUUGGUCAGGAGAGCCCAGGGGGGCCGGAGGCAGGCAACGCCAAAGCACCCAAACUACAAGACGUAGCCAAAAAAGCAGCACCAGCAGAGAGGCAAAUUGAUUUACAAAGGUAAAAAGAAGCCUCACUCGAAAAGGGAGGAAAUGACGGCCAAAUAAGGACAGGCUCAAGCUUCUGCAAAAACUAGAAUUCAAAAUGUACCUGUACAGAAACUGAGAUUACUUCAAAACACCCAAUUUCUGCCUUGAAAACUGAAAAACUAUUACUUCCCUUUCAUAUGACACCAGUCCUUGAAUGGAAAUUUAAAGCAGAAACUCUUGAAAGAGGCUAAAAGCAACUGUACUUAUUUUCCCCUGAGACUUUUUUUAUGAAAAGUCAAUAAUUAAGCAAAUUGCUUAACACUUGGUUCCAGUUCCUGCAUAUCUGGAGUUUAAAGUGCAUCACACCGUUCUUUUCCAUGCUGCAUUUUUUUUUAAAGAAAGUCACAGGAUGUCCUUACACUGACACAGAAAAAUUCGUAAUUCUAGAGCCAGGAAUGCCCAUGUUACACAAGAAAAAUAGAAGCCUACUGAAUUAAUUUUAAGGAGAAAAAGAGAUUGGAACAAGUACUUCUUGGCUUUUCCUUUUGAAGACUUUUAUGUAUAAUUCUUUCCGCCUGCCUACUUUUCUGCAAAAAUAAGAUGUACAGAUUUCAUUUCCCUGCUAUGAAAAGUCAUGUGGUGGCAAUUUUAUAAAUGUUGCUUUCUGAUUUUUAUCAGAGUGAGAAAAUAAUUAAAAUUAUUGGUUUGCAAGUAAACAUUUCAUUUUUAAUUUCCCCCCCAUUUUAGUUUAAUAUAAUUUGCAAUAAAUGUACAUAUUGUUGUUUGUUUUAUAAAACAUAUCACUUUAAAAGUUUUUUACUCCAGUGGGUAUUAUGUUGGAAUAUUGGAAAUUUUAAAGGAGUAAAGGCAGUUCAGGAUUUGGUUUUGUAAUGUGCAUCACCAGAUUUUUAUUAUUGAUGUAAAGAAGUCAAUUUUUAAAAAUAGAUGGACUUUGGCAGCUUCAUAAGGAAAGUUGGAAAUGGUUAGAAUUGCACUCAGUUUUAAGCAUUGCGAUAAAUGAAAGAAUGUCUGUUUGCAUUUUGUUUCCCAGUAUGAACUCUUUUUUUUUUAAAUUUUAGAAGACUGUUGCAUCCAUAUUAUGUUUCCUGGCAUUGUUCAGCAAGGGUAAACGUGUACACUUUGUGUACACGUGAGCAUAUUUAAGUUGGUUGCAUAAAAUAAAUGCUUCUAGGUGUCAUGAUAGUCCUUGCUUUUUAAUCUGUCAGUAUGUUUUCUCGUCUUAAAUGGAGUUUUCUUAUGUGCAGAGGCUAAAUGGAUUCAGAAUUGGAUGGCAUAAUUACAGUCAAUUCUCUGUUAUCCAUGGUAAUGGAGGGUAACAGUAGUGAAUUCAGAAGUAUUUCUUUGAUUCGACGCAGUGAUGUGUCCGAUGACCUGGAAAUGCAUGGGAAAAAAAAAAAAGCAAGCAAGCAUCCUCAGGAUCCAAGGAACUUCCAUAUACAACUUCCCCUGCACAGAACUCUCCUGUUUCUUAUUAGAGGUUCAUUUCCUUAGCAGUCAGUAAACAAUUAUUAAGCACCUACUAUAUGCCAGGAGUCGUACUAAUAAUCAACUUAGCACGAGCCUCAACUUUGAACUGGACUUGCACCAUGUGCCUAUACUUGGUUAGAGGCAGUAAUUAAAGUAAACAAGUGAUAAUGAAUUGUUUCAACAAAGAAUUACCAACCUGCUUUGCUCAAUCAUGUUAACAAAAAUUUGAAAGCAAGUUUUUACAUUAGACAAGUAUCUACCACCAGCACCUCUCAGGAUAAUCCAGAGUUGGCUGUAUAUUAAUGUAUAUGGAAGAUAUAAAUAAUUCAGUUGUUUAUAAAAUGGAGAAAUACUAAUAACAGAAAAAUAUGAUUCUGGGAGGAUGUAAGACUGGCCCUACCACUUUUUACUGCCUUCUCCUAUUGCCUUGUAAUAUAAAUCAGAAGUGAAGCUCAGACUUGGUCCCUGGACCCUGUGGGGCAGGAGGAAAGAACAAUAACUAUGCAGAAGUAUAGGACAGUGACUUUAGGCAGCCCAUGAAAAUGAAACUCCCAAGUCAGGGAGUUUUUCAGGUUCUCUUAGUAUUAGACAAGUUAAUUAAUUUCAGCACCCUCAAGCCCUUAAGGAGAGAACGAGAACCUUUUUUCCCUGGAACUAAACCCUCACUAUUGAAGACCAAAAAGCAGCUGAUACAGGGAACCAUGUUAUAUAUAGGGGGGAAAUUGCUGCAUUGAUCUAAAGCAAUCUGAAUUCUUGCAGGGGGAAAAAGGCAAGCAGAGAACUCUCUAUAUAAAUUAUAGAUUGAAUAGAAAGAACUGGCAGGACCGUGCACCUGAUUUAAUUAUGGCAUCCAAAUGUUUAGCACGAAGGGAAGUAAAUAAGAAAUAGGAAAAUGAGAGGCUGAAAAAAGAUUAAGCUCUUUUGAAUGCAAAAAUACCUAUCUGAACACAAAUUUGGUUUCUUUUUAAACAAUUCCUCUUAAACUGUUAUUCACAUCUCAAAGUUAAACAAAAUGAAGAAAUCCAGAUUUGCAGUUAAGAGUUAAUGUUAACCCUUUGUGUCUAGUUAGAGGAUUCUUGUAAUUUGUCUAAUAAUACAACCAGAAUUUUAUACUCUUUGAUACAAAGCGUGUAUAGUAGUUUUACAUAUUCUUGUGCUGCACAUGGGCUGGAUUUUUAGAAUUUUCUUUUUAAGAAUGAAGCAGAACAUUGUAAUUUGUGUAAAUGCAGAGUGUAAUAUCUACCAUGAAACACUAAAACAUGGAUUGUUUCAAAUAAAACCAAGAAAUGCAGCAUUA